AGAAGACUGAUUUCUUUUCUCUUCUCCCUCGCAGCCACCAACUUCUUUUUCCUCACCACCCCGCGUCAGACCGCGUUUCCGCAUCAUCUCACUCGUUCGUUAAAGAUUAGCAAUCGUUAUUCCGUCUCCAUCGACGUGCCGCUUCCUCUCGAUUGUUCCCUCACGGUUUACUAGAGUGACCAGGCAGCCCAUCAUCUCCAGCAAAGAGAUAAUUGGUCCCCAUCUUGCCCCUCUCCCCCAGCCCGUCCCAGCCAGAGAAGACAUUGGCUAAUGAUACUUGUAUACAAUUAAACCACCAUGGAACUAUCCAAUCCAGAAGAAGAAUCCGACCAACCCCCGGCUACCCGAAAAGGCGCGGCCAAAAUCUCGCGAUUCCUCGACCUAUACGGCAAGUGGCCGAGUGCUCUCGACGCAAUGUUUGCGGACGAUGACGGUAUGAACAAGGAACCAGUCCUGGAUUAUAUAACGGACCUUGAGACAAGACGCGGUAUCUUUCUUGAGCUGCAGAGGUUGUUGAAAUUGAGAGACGAUUCCGCCGAGCUGAGGGCGAUAUCACUGGGCAUUGUCAUGGUUGCCCCGAUCGACAAGCUGCAGUACCAUCUUGACAAAAUGAGGCGUGAUGAGGGUAGCGCCAAUUACAGUAUCUUUACGAUGCUGGAUACGACAGCUAUUAGUGCGAUCAGGGCUUUUGUUGUCAAGGGCGGGCCUCCGCCACGAGGGUCAGUGCUGACCUCCCAGAACCUUGGUGCCACCGAUGCCUCGUCGAUUGGAGAAGGCCCUUCCAAAAGGCGACGUGGCUCCAAUGGAGCGUCAAGAGCCAAGCCAAGCAUUCCCGCCUUGUCCGCCAUCAUUCCAACCAUUUCCGAGCGCCCCCCCCCUCCGCCACCCGAGACUCCCAAGAAGAGGCCGAGAGAGGAUCCAACAGGCAACACUUCGUCGGCGAUGGAAGUAUUGCCUCACCUGGCAUCUUCAAGCCAGCUGCCAAGCCUCAGUCCUGUUUCCAAGGACUCCAAGGCCUCGAGCCGAAAGCGCAAAGGUCCCAACCAUUGCAAAAUUCGAGACAGCAACCAAUGUGUCCUCACUGGGACGCAGAAUGCUGAAGCGGCGCAUAUUUUCCCACAUUCGACCACCGACAAGCAGAACUUUCUCGCCCUUAAGGAUAUGCUUCGCAUGUUUUGGGGCGAGGAGAAGGCCGCCAUAUGGUCCAAGUUGUUUGAAGAUGAGGUUAUCACCGAGUCACCGCAAAACCUAAUCUGCCUCAACCGUCAACUACAUUGGUGGUUCGACAAUGCAAUGCUGGCGCUUAAGCCACUGCGCAGGGAAACCAACUCGGUCACUGUCCAGUUUCACUGGCUCAAAGGAAACAAUUUCAAGCCUCACAUAGCCCUCAACAAAUGGCGCCAACGCAACACUUUUGACGAUGUUAUGUCACGGGCAGGCCUCUUGGACAACCAGGCCUGGGGCCAAGCAUUGUACUGCCGCAUCAGCGGUCUGCCACUUGAGACUGGCCAGACCUUUGUCAUCAGGGCAGAAAACCCAGACCAUGUCCCGAGCUUUGAGCUCUUGGAGCUCUCGUGGGAUCUCCUUCGCGUCGCUGCUAUCUGCGGCGCUGCUGAGCCGACAGACGACUGGUUGAGGGACGAUGAUGAUGAUGGCGAUGGUGUUGGUGUUCGGCCGGGCUUCUCGGGCUGGGAGGAGAACCAAUACGGCCAGUGGCGGCGCUGGGCCGAGGAAGUGGAGCCGGGAAGCGAAGAAGAACCAGAACAACAUAAUCCCGAGGACAACGUCAAGCACCCUAGCUAGAAGCAUGGGGACGCCUUGGGAGGACAGCAGGUUGAUAUGGGAGCCUCUUAACCUCUCUUUUUCUUUUCUGCUGAAGAUCUUGUUCUUUGUGUUUGUUUUUCUUCGACAGCAUUGGCUAUCUGGAAGUAGCAGUUUUUAAAAAUUGUAAUUAUAUUAAGGAAUACCCCAGAUGACAGCAUUGGCGUCAACAGAACUGCGGGAGACACAAGCUUUACAAGUUGCUUAUCAAGACAUUUCUGUCGUUUUCCACCAUUCUACCUGGCAGCCGCUGGCUAAAGCUCUCCCCUGGUUCAUUUCUCC